GUCCAGAGUACAUCUUGGAUGCCACAUCAACAGUAUGUUAUGCAACCUACAGGUGCUGUGAUCACCCCGACCGCAGCCAUAGAGCCCAGUUUGUCUCUUCACCCUUCCAGUGUAAUGGCUCCUCUCGCCCAGCAGAUGAACCACCUGUCUCUGGGUACUACAGGCACUUACAUGCCUGCUGCAGCUGCUGCGUCUAUGCAAGGAACCUACAUUCCCCAGUACACUGCAGUGCCUGCCUCUGCCAUCACAGUGGAGGGCGUGGUGGCUGAUGCAUCUCAGCAGACAGCAGCCCCCUCCUCGCAGGACGUCAGUGGGCAGCAGCCUUUAUCAGUGGAGAAUACAGGAGAUCAUGCCACAGCCUACUCCUACCAGCAGUCUAAGUGAGUUCAUGGAUGUCUCUGUUACAUAACAACAUUGGGAGGAAUCAUUGCUGCAUUGCCUUCAGAAGGACUGCACUGAGACGCUAAAGACACACAGAGAAUCAAGAUGAAACAGGGACACACACAAAAAACCAGAGGUGACACGGGAACACUGAGGGGAAGAACGCUUCAUCUGUGCACAGGCACUAAAUCCAUGACAAAAUGAAGAAAUAAAAAAACAGUUCUCUUUCUUACCUGAUUGAGGCAGGAAAAAAGACGGGCAAAAAAAAAAGAAAUGAUGUUUUUUUUUGGACUAAAAGACAAUGAAAUCAAACACAGUCUACAACUUUGAGUUUCUCACUGUGAGACUGGACUUUGCCUCCAAAGGAAGAAUCGAGGACAUAGACUGAAUCUGAACUCAACCAACAAACUGUACAGAAAAAAAGAACAUUUGAAUGUGCAGGUAGAUUUUCAGACUUUUUUUUUUUUUAAAUUAAAAAAAAAAA